UAAUCCUGAAAUAUCAUGUCAUUUGAAAACAUGAACAUCUUUUGAUGAACUUGAUACAUCUUUCUCAUUCUCUAUUCAAAUAAUCAAAUGAUGAAAGAAGGAUCAAGAAAUAAAUAAAUUCGCAUUCAAUCAACAGAUGAGUGAGAACUAAACGAAAAGAAGAGAGAAAAAACAAAUUGUCAAGUAGAAGAGAUUUAGAAGUAUCGUAUUGUUAAUCUUCAAGAAGAAAACAUAAUUAUGAAUAUUCUUCCAUCUGUCCAAUAGAUUCCUAAUCUUUCUCUUUUGCAGUUGAUUCUAUUGGAAGAAUCAUGGUCGGAAUUGUUUCUUCUUUGGGCUAUUCAAUGUUCCACUUCGUUGGAUAACGGCGGACCUUUGUUCACAACUGCUCUUAGUCGAUAUCAACUAGACAACGAAAAUGGAAAAUCACUUCAUCGGUUAUUAAAUGACAUCUUAUAUCGAUUUAAACAAUUGAAACUUGAUCCAAUCGAAUUCGCUUGUUUGAAAGCAAUUGUUCUUUUUCGGUUCGAUAUUCGAUCCUUACGAGAAUCAAAAAUGGUGGAGAAUUUACAAGAUCAAGCACAAAUCACUUUGGCCCAAUUUACACAAAUUCAUAAUCCAACUCAACCGACUCGUUUCGGUCGAUUACUUUUAACAUUACCAUUAUUACGAAGUAUUCCAUCAAUAUUGAUUGAGAAAACCUAUUUUGCACGUACAAUUGGAAGUAUUUCCAUGUCGAAGCUCCUUUCUGAUAUGUUUAAAAACUAA